AUGGAGAGACAACACCAGGCUCUUGAAGAGCCCACGUGCCCUGUCGCAGGUUCUCAUUUAUCUCCUCGAGGUCGACAGCCUCAGAUUCAGAGGACAGUGCAAACAAACAGCACAAACCUAUCUCUGACCCUGCGCACAUGGGGCAUACCCGAUCAGUCUUUGCCAUCCAGCAAAACGAGUUGGCCUGCCGACGUCGACACCGUCACCAUCAAGAACAUCCCGUGUCGCUGUCGUGGUCCAGAGAUCCUGGACGCUCUUCGAAGUCUUGGGUUCGGAAGCGAGAAGCUCGUGUACUUCCAUCUGCCAGUGAAGGAAAAGCAUGACGCCGGUAACCUGGGUUACUGCUUUGUCGGCUUCCGCAACCCAGAAUUGGCAGAAGAAUUCUGCCGCCGUGCAAAGAACUUCACGUUUCCUUCACGCCAGAGCCAGAAAGUGAUAUCGGUGGAACCCGCCCGGAACCGCAGAGAUUCGAUGACGAGCUCCGAUAACAUGCACGGCGAGAUCGUCUUUUUUGAUAAUUUUGUGCCCCACGGUGUCGCUACAAUUGAGGCAUCUUCAGUCCCUUCCAGACGGCGUAGCGGAGGAGAAGACUCUGGAAGCGGGCGAGCGCGAGACUACAGCAUCCGCUUGUGCCUGUAG